AUGAAUCCCGACGAUCCCUCUAGUGGGUUCCGGCACGGCAAAGUGUUAAUGUUCAUCAAUGAGCAAAUGUCCAAGCACACAAAAGGCCCCGAGUUCUACUUUGAGAACCUGGCCCUGUCCUGGGAGGAGGUGGAAGAAAAGCUCAGAAUCCUCCUGGAGGAUGGCGAGAUGCCUAGCCAGGCUCGGGAAGCCUGUGCCUGGGGCAGCCUGGCCUUGGGUGUUCGCUUCGCUUGGAGGCAAGGCCACUUGCAGGGGCGCAGAGUGCAAUGGCUUCACGACUUUGCCAGCCUGCACAGGUCAGCGGCACAUGCCUUGGCAUCAGACCUGAAGAAGCUCACAGACCAGCGAGAGAUUGAACGCAAGGAGGCAGCCUUCCAGCUUCAGCUGGCCCACACCAAACUGGCAGAGGUGCAGAGAGAGCGGGACCUGCUGAGGCUGAAGCUACUUCAUGCGAGAUUUGCCACCCCUAUGAGAAUUCUGAAAGACUAUGGAGGAUGCCAGCACCAGGUGCAAACAAGGACUUCUGUGAUUGUACAGCCUUUUACCAGAACUCUUCCCUAGUCCUCAGUGUGCAGAACCAUGGACAGCUCUGAACAGGAAAGUCAUGCCACUGC